GACUAGAUGUAGAGUUUGUUUCAUGUCUUCCUACUUCAUCCCCUUCCUAGUACAUAUACAACUUGUACUACCUCCUUCCUUACUUCUUUCUUACAACUCCUCAACUCCCACAAACUCCCAUUCAACUACGCUAUCAUCUAGUGUUUAAAAGACGGACCACCUUGUCGUCCAAUGAAAAAGAAUUCCACCUAGUCGUAAAAGAAGUACGAAAGGAGUACUUAUUAUAGGUACUUAGCUCUCCCAUAGAUAAGCAUAACUUCACCACCCAAAAAACCUCCACAAAAUGGACGCUCUGGGAGGACUCCUGCGAACAGCCUAUGGCGCGUUCAUUACGCCAAGAAUGACAGCAUUUGGUCGAGUCAAUGUCAUCAAAGCAGGAACUUUCUGCCGUACAUUUACUUAAAUGUUCACUUUCAAUAGCCUCUGAACAACUUGAUUUGUGAAAAUUCAGUGAGCAGUGGAUUCAUCCAGCAUAAUCACAGAUUUCCUACGAAGAUCAGGACCUUGUGACGAAGAUACAAGAACGAAUUGCUUUUUCACUCAGCAAUUUAAUCCUUAUCAAACUCCUACAGGCACAGUAGUAUGGCCAUGCUGCGUCCCAUUGCUGCUGCAUCAGUACAUCCGCGGACGCGAUAGGGAUUUCUAUGCCCUCGAACUAUUGGCGUACAAAGCAAAAGCAGAGAGAAUUUCCGAUUACUUUGACUGCAAGAAAGGAGGUACUUACGACAUAAGUUCAAAAAGUUGUUGAUGACUUCGUUUUUUCUAUCAUCAGUUUAAGUUGUAGAUCACGUCAUAGUAGACUUGCGUGACUCCUCUGGAUUCACAAUUAUAAUCUUGUACGUUUCAUCAACAUCGUGAUGUUGAUCCAACAGAAAAUGCAAUGGACUUCAAUCUCCCUCCCUAUCCUUCCUCCUCAACAGUCGUCGGCGGUCACUGGAGGAUGCAGAAGGACAUGGAAAUAAUUUUUAAUGGCGUGAACGGAAAAUGAGGGCACUUCUGCGUCGAUGAAGUCCGUGGCCGCGUCUAAAACAUGCACAUUUUUGGAGAUCCGAAUCGAUGAUGAUGGGUUGUGGGAAAAAUCAAGAUUCAUCUCCAUUCUAACAAGUUUUCCAGUCCACGUCCAAAUCUUCCUAAAAAUGGUAAAGACUACUUACUACACUUUCAGAAGUACCCACUUUCGAUAUUACAUCACGCAUGAGAUAAGACCGAGAUGAAGUUGAAACAUGUUGACUUUUUUGCGACGGCGCCAAAUGGAGCGAAUCUGCAUAGCGAUGGCUGAUAUUUUGCGCACUCGCAGUUGUGUAAUUUAACUUUUUCCAUCGUGCCGUGUAACUGCGCAUUGCGUGGACGAGCAU